AAAUAAAAUUGAAUGAGACUAUUAAUUGACCUGAUAGUAAUUGAGAUGCCGAGGCCUUUGCUUCUUAUAAGAAGAUGUGACAAGCCAUUUACAAGAAAGAAAAAAAGAAGGUGUGAUGAGAUCUCUUUCCAUGUCGAAUGAUACUGCGUCCAAGUGAACACCUCUUAUCAGCUCAAAUCCCUCCAGCUACAAAUAAAAAUGAAAAACCCCAUUGUGUAGUAAAAAAAAUUGCCGUAAGACUCCAAUAUAUUUUGCUUUUUUUUUUUAAUAAAAAAAUUAUAUAAUAGAAAUAAAUAUAUGUUCCAAUGUAUUUUUUUAAGAUAGCAAUCUCCAAUAUAUAGUAAAAUAUAGAGAACUGUUAUUUUUAUUUUUAUAAAUGCAAUACAUGUUUCUAACACUUGCAAUACAUGUUUCUCACACCCUAUUUAUGAGUCAAUUUGAAAAAUUCGAAAUAGUUAAGUUUAUGGUCAAAUAUCAUGGUUAAUAUCUUGUUUCCUAUUUUUGUUUCACUUGCAUAUAAUACUUUCCAAAAAUUGAAAUUUAGAAAGGAACAAUCAUGAAUUUUUAUGAUUGAAUUAUAGCAAAAAUAUAUUCAUUUCACUGAAAUAAAACGAGCCUAAACCUCAUAUCUUGUGACUGUAUAUAUGAUACUAAGCUAAAAACUUAGGCAUCACAACGAACAAUAUGUGUUAAAUUUCUUAGUUAAAUAGCUUGGUCGUUAGUUUAAUUAUAUUUGUUUAACCCAGAUAGUCCAGUUCAUCUAAAAGUCCGUGUUGAUUGCUUUUCAUUGAUCUGUAUAUCAAACGUUACAUUAUUGUAACAUGUAUUAUUUGUUACUAUGACUUUUUAUUUUUUAAAUAUUUACUAAUUUUUAACUUUUUUUAAUCUAUUCACUCCAUGCAAGGCAUAUAUCACCGCCUAGUAUAUAGUAAAAUAUAGAAAAUGCUAUUUUUUUUUCUAUUAAUGCAAGAAUAUGUACAUUGGUUACAUGUUUCUAACACUUUAUUUUUACUUCACAUCAUGAUCUCUCUUACACAUCAUCUUUUUUUCACAUCAUAAUUUAACACCCACUCAAUUUUUAUUCUCAAGAAUGAUUUGGUUUAAAAAAAAAUUACAACACCGUACCCCACUAAUUUUAUUUAUAUUUUUAUAUUAUUUUAUGUCUUUUUUGUGAUUAUAAAAAUUAUAAUUUCAAAUUAAAUCAAAUAAUUAAGAACCAAAUAAAUUUAUAACAUAAUUUAUCUUUUUCGUUUUUAUUUUAUAUAUUAAUAUUUUUUAAAAAAAAAUAGCAGGAGCUAAUAGCAAAAAUAUAGUAAAAAAGAUGAGUUUGUUUCUGUGUCCAAAUGAAAUUAAACAAAUCUCUAUUUAUAAAGUAUGAAAAUAAUGAAUGUUGAUAUAAAACUUUUAUAUAUAAUUAUAAUUAUAUUAAAUAAUUGAUAUUAAAUAAUGGAGAUGGAAAAAAUUAAAAAAUAAGAGUAUCCAAUCAGUUUUUUACAUUUGUUUCCAUCCACCUAUUAACGUUGCAAUUAAAAUUUGAGAGACAAACUUAAUAUUUUGCUCUAAUCAACAUUUGCCACGUCAUACAAGAAAAUAUAUUUUAUCAACGCUGUUGAUAAGUUUCAACACUAAAUUUGCCACAUCAUGUAUUUUACUUUUACAAUAAACUAUUGUAAAUUUAUCAACAAUUGUUAAUAUUUAUCAAGAGUUGAUAAAUCUUCUAUUGUAAGUAGUCUAAAAAAAUAUAGCAAUCUAUAUUUUAAAAGAAUAAAUAAAGUAGGGCUGGAACCGUUUUAAGCCCUAAAUAUUAUUAUAAAUGUAAAUAUAGUGGUGAUCUGAAGAUACUAUGAGAAAAAAACAACAAGAACUAAGAAGACUCAUGAACAAAUUAUAACUUUUUUUUGUCUUUGGCUACUCUACUUAAUUCUUCAAGGAUAACUCAAAAUUAUUUCAAUUUGUAUUCUCUCUAUUUCAUUACUAUUAAAAUUUAGAUUUUAUAUAAAAACAAAAAAACACGAUUAAUUUUAUUUAUUUAUUUAUGACAUUUUCUGAACGGAAUCGUAAGUUUCCAACGUGUUUUUAAAUACGAUAUUUUGGAAGCGAGAUUCUGCAAGCUUCCACAAAGUUUCGAUUCUAAUUUCGGUUCCGAAUCGGGAAGCAGACGUCCGAUGAAGUUUCCUUGCUUUUUAACGAAUAUCUCAUUGAUUUUUUCUAUGUUGUUUUUUUCAGUUCAGGAAACAUAAUAUAUAAGAAAAAGAAAACUCUAAAAUUCUUAUAUAAGUAUAUCAAUUAUGUUUGAUUGACUUAUGGAGAUAUAAAAAUAUACAAAAUAUUUUACUAUAACAUAAAAAUGUAUAUGUGUUCAUUAGCAGGAACGAGUAACAAGCGAAAAACACCAAAUACUUAUUUUUAUUUAAUAUUUGAUAGUUGUUUUAUAUUUGCAAAUAAUUUAAAUAUAUUACUUAAUUAGUACCAGUCAAAGUAAAUACCCGACUAUAUGGAUCAGCUACAUACCAAAUAGGGAAUUCGAGACAAGUUACAAGUAAUCAUGCCCACUCCUACAAGUAGGCUACUACUAUCACUAAAUCUUGGACAAUAGUAUAUGCUACUUUCAUUUCACAUGAAAAUAGAGGAUUCAGUUUAGGCCUAUAAAUUACAUUAUAGCCCAUUUUUGUUAAUUUAUUUCUCUCGAGUUUACUAUGCAGUUUACACGUAUGACAUCAGGCUAUUUAUUUAUUAGAUCAUGGCCUGAAAGUCAUACCUAAAAUCUUGAACUUGUCUCCCUACAUCUCAUUAAUUUUCGGUGUGGUCUAUGAGAUAUAUACAAUAGUAUAUUUGUUAUCUAGUGAAAGCUUGAAAGAACAUCCAAAUAUUAAAUUUACUAGAAACAAUAUAUCAGGGAGAUGGGCAUCAUAAAUUUCAACUUGUACAUAGUAAAACACUUAAAAUUCAAUUUUAUUUUCUUUUAAUGUUCAGUGAUUCUGCAUGUAAAUUUCGGAGGAUAUAUUAGUGUUCACAUUUGGUCCAAGCAUGUGAUCGGAUUUUCACAUUGGCGAAAAAGUCAUAAAAAAAGUCUUUGGGUUUGAAUUAUAUUCAUUCUUGCUCUUUAAACACUUUUGGGUUAAAAUUAAAACAAAAGAAUUAAACCUAUAUUACAAGCUGCGUCUCAAAAGUCUUUGCAUAGUGUCCGUGACACUGUCGGGCAACAGGUUCCGAACGGUUGAUAUUGACGUUAACCUAACGGUUGUCUUUUUGUGACGGUUGUCUUUGUUUGUGUGAAUUAUUCAAUAAAAAAUUGUCUAAAGUUUCAUAUUUAUUUGUCAUUCUAUGACCCAGUUGAUUGAUCAACAUGUCGAUACGUUAAAUGCAGUGUUUAUUUGGAUUUUUAUAUCUAACAUUAAUAGACUUAUAAUUGAAAGAAACAAAUAUGUUGUAUCCUUACGAUAUAAAUAACUGAGUUUUUAAAAUGUACGUGUUCUUGAUUAUAUAUUUUAAGUUUUGAAUUCUUUAAUAUGUCAUUGCCGCUAAGAGUAAUAAUGAGAGUUGUUGGGAAAAUUUUAAAGGCUUUUUAAAGACAAAUCAGUAAGAAGAUUUGAUGGUAUUAAAUUAUUUGACCCCCUAUAUAUAACAGGUGUUUUCACACUCAAGGCAAUCACUUAUUGUCAAAGAAAAAGAGAAAUAAGUCCGUUUGUUUAUGACCUUGAGAUUUGUCUCUUUUUUUUUUAUUUGGUAAUAAUGGGGAACUGCAUGGAGAGGUGGAUGCAAGGAGAAGGAGAAGAAGGAGAGAUAGAGGCAAGAGCAAAGGCAAAAGAGUCAUUCAAACUUGAUGGUGAUGAUGAUGACCAAGAUGGAGGUCAAGGUGGAACGAAGGUGAAGAUAGUGCUUACAAGACAUGAAUUGGAUAUGUUUUUGCUUCAGAUGAAUAGGAAUCAUGAAGGAAACUUGAUGAUGACAAAGGAUGUUAUGGUAGAGCUAGAGAAGAGGAUCAUAAAACCAACAUCAUCUUUAUCAUCAUCACCAUCAUCGAUGGCGUGGGAACCGUCUUUAGAGAGCAUCAUCGAGUGCCCCGAAGUUCAAGAGAUGGAUAGAUGAGGAUGCUAUGAUGAUCUAAAUUGCAUUGUGUUAAAUCACGGUGAUCGGAAAUUAUAUAAUUAACAUUUUUGCAUCACUCUAUGUCUUUUAGAUAGAUAUUUUUUGUUAGACUAGACUCGAGGUCGAUAUCGUACCAUAUAUAAUAAGAUCUUUAAUCUAUCAAGAAAUAUAAAAUUAAUGUGGUUA